UUUGUAUUCUCUCUCCACAGUUAUCUUCCUCAUCCCAUAUUUUGUAUGUUCCUUGUUUCUUGCGACUCCUCUCUUGUUCCUGGAGAUGGCACUCGGUCAAUACACCUCCUCGGGUCCCAUCAGAGCCUGGAAGAUAUGCCCAAUUUUCCAAGGUAUUGGUGUCGCCACCACUGUCGUUGCUUGGUGGCGUAACAUCUACUAUAACGUCAUCCUGGCCUGGACCCUGUACUACCUGUACAGUUCAUGCAUUGGUGGUGAGCUCCCCUGGGCGAGAUGCAAUAAUGAAUGGAAUACAGCUUCAUGCUUGAAUUACGGCAAUGAAUGGGUGUGCGUCAAUGGAACCUAUAUUCCCAUCGACAAGUGGAAUGCUCCACCGGAGGAAUCACCAGCCCCAUCGUGGAGCAGUUGGAAUGAAGCAGUGCCCUUAGAUGACUCUGACCAAUGUGGUAAUUACCCAUUAACAACCAACCCGGCCCAGGAGUUCUGGAGAAUCAAGGUGUUAGGCCAAACAGGGACGGGCGGAAGAGGUAUUGUCGGGCAUCUUGCCCUAACCCUCUUCCUCGCAUGGACGCUCGUAUACUUUGGCCUCCGGAAGGGAGUUAAAUGGAGCGGCAAGGUGGCUUAUUUCACCGUUCCCUUCAUACACCUUGUAUUCGCCGUGCUUAUGAUACGUGGGAUUACUUUACCAGGAGCAUAUGAUGGUUUGAUUUUUUAUCUCAAACCCAUCCCAUCUCGACUAAAUGCACAGGCGUGGAUAGCCGCUGGAACAGAAGUUUUCUAUUCCUUCUCGAUUGGACUAGGUGCUUUCACAGCCCUUGGAAGCUUCAACAAAUUCCACUACAAUUUCUAUAGGGAUAGCAUAAUCGCAGCAUAUUUAAAUGUGUGGACGAGUAUCUACAGUGGCAUCAUCGUCUUUACAUUUCUCGGCGUCGAAGCGUACAGUGAGGGAAUCUCCCCCGGCGUAAUCAUUGCUGAUGGUUCCGGUUCUGGUCGAUUUUUCAAGGUCUUUCCGCGUUCUUUAGCUGCAUUGCCUGUACCAAGGGUCUGGUCUAUAUUUUUUUUCCUAGCGGUCCUAACGAUUGGGCUAAACUCUCAGCUCGUCACGGUGAAGGCGUUCAUCACGUCUGUCUUGGAUCUUUUCCCUACCUGGCUGCGGAUUGGGUAUUAUAAAGAGGUAUUCGUGUUGGGAGUCUGCUUUCUAAACUUCCUGAUUGGCCUCAGUAUGGUAACUCAGGAUGGUGAAUACGUCUUAUGGCUCUUUGAUGCCUAUGGGUCUGGUAUCUUUCCUCUCAUUUGGAUAUGUUUCUUCGAGAGCAUCGCCAUCGGAUGGGUUUAUGGAGUUAGAAAGUUUUCCUUCAACAUUGCCGAAAUGCUAAGAUGGAAACAGAUCGAAUGGUACAUAAUCUGCUGGAUAGCCACUGUUCCUGUUAUUGCUCUGUUCGUUUGGAUCAACAACAUAGUUUCAUGGUCCACGCUGUCCUUGUUCUCGAACCCCCUUGGCAUCUGUAUGGCCCUCUCAUCGAUGGUGUGCAUUCCCGCCGGAAUGGUCUACGCCGUCUUCUACCAAUUGAUCAAAGGUGAUGGGCCCACUUUCACGAGGCUGGAAAGGGUUAUCCAACCCGCUAUCGUUCCUGUUCUUGACGAAGUACAUCCAGAUUGUUUCGAAAUGUUAUAAUAUCAUGAAAGUCGAUAAAAAAAGGAUUAUGUAAAAUUGGAAGGGAUUGAAAGAAUAAUCAUGGAAUUGCUCCUUGAAAUUUUGACUUUGCCGAAAUAAUGUAAAUACUUUAAAUUAUUUAAUUUGCUUUUGUCUCACGUUAUAUCUGAUGAGAAUUCCAAGCCAUUGGAUUGCAAACUUAAAUCGGAUACAAGUUUGCGUCAAUAUAAAAUGGUGACAGAGUUCGUAAAAGAGCAAAAUCAUAAUAAUAAUCGUGCCUAUUUUUUGUCUUCUUUUUCCUCCUCAAUAUAUCAUGGGAGCUUGGCUUAGAGUACAUUUAAAUCGUAUCUGAAAAUAUUGACAUAAGUGUAAUUAUGGGCAGAAUGUUUUUAAUGAGCUAUUUAACGUUAAUACUUUUGACUUUCUUUACCUGGCGAACAAGAACAAUUUUUGACGGCGUCAUUAUGUUUCAGAGUAGCCAAAUGUACUAGGUCUCAGUUUGGUUAUAAACAUUAUCAUGAGGAAUUUGUAGUAAACCAUUUUUUGAACAUUCUAACUGUCUUGAAAUACCUUGAUCAUGAAAGACAAGAAUUUAAGCUACAUGCUGCAUUAUGUGUGCUGGAAUGUACGUGCGUAUGUGGGUGAGUGUGUUAUAGUGCGUGUGUGGGUGAGUGUUUUAUAGUGCGCGUGAG